CAGGGUCAGAAGGGAAGAAAGAGAACCCAGGACAACUGUGCAGAGGGCCCCUGAGCAUGUGCAGACAGGAUGACAUCAGUUCCACCUAGACAGUCUUGGUGGAAUUCGAAGAAGACUGUAAACGUUAUAAGACCUUAUCCAACCUUCCCUUCCUUGAAUGCCUGGGAAAAAUUCAGGGGCCUCUUGCCUGUGGAAGGGGAGCCGAACCCUGGAGUGGGCCUAGGAGUGGAGGAAGGACUGCUCUGCCAGAUGGUUCAUUCUCCAGAGUUCAACCUGUUUCCUAACUCUGUGGUGUUUGAAAGCAACUUUGUCCAGGUCAGAAGGGGCAGAAACUGGAAAGAAAUCUACAAAGCCUCCAACACAAUGGCCCUUGGGGUGACCUCCUCCGUGCCUUGCCUACCCCUUCCAAACAUCCUCCUUAUGGCCAGAGUCAAAUGGCAUCAGGGGCAAAGCCAGACAUGGAACAGACCAUCCACAGCCCCGAGCAUCAUCCUAAAGAGUAUUCUUCCUUUGAAGUUUGUGGAGCUUCAGAUCUGUGACCACCAUGAACGCAUCCUGAGGUUGAGGACAGUUACCGAGAAGAUCUACUUCCUAAAGCUCCACCCUGACCACCCUGAGACUGUCUUCCACUUUUGGAUCCGCCUGGUUCAAAUUCUGCAGAAGGGUCUGUCCAUCACCACCAAGGACCCUAGCAUUCUUGUUACUCACUGCCUGGUACCCAAGAGCCUCUGCAGCCCAUGUGGAAAGUCCGAGUUAGUGCAGAAGAGACCUCAAGGUCCCCGGCCCAGCGAGAGCCUCCUGCAGCUGAUGGCCCAGGGGGAGAAUGAGGCCCUCUCGCAGAUCUUUGCCGACUUGCAUCAGCGGAAACAGUACAGUUCCAGGAGGAGCAAGAAGAUUCAGAUCAACAAGACCAAUGCAGGGAAAGCUACCCCCAGUGAAGACAGUGUCCCCUGUACUCGUGACCUCAGCUGGAGGGAUGCACUGACUUACGGAGAGUGGGAAAGAGAGAACCCCUCUGGGCCACAGCCCCUCUCGCUCCUUGGCACUCUGGCUGCCUCCAGCAGCCCUCGGCUGUCCCUGACUGGAGGAAUCUCUAUAUGACGGAUCCUUUCCCAUUGGGGAGACUUUGUGCAGUCCACACCAUCACUUCUCUUCAGUAUUCAGUUUCUGGGAGCUCCAUGAGAUCAGAAGGGAGGAAGAAAUGGCCACUAGGAGCAAAGCCGAGUUAUCGCAGCUCUGAGAAGAAUGCUUCUUCAUCCCGUCAGCCUCUCCAUACCUUCUCACCACCGCCUGAGGGUACAGCAGCCUGCAUCCCACGGCACCAAGCAGGUAGAUUGGGAUGGAUUCCCCAAAAGACGAGCCAGGAGAAGAGUGCAAGGGGAGCAAGCCCAGGGCAACAGUGGACACCAGCAAAUCAGAGCGGAAGCUGGCACAAGGGAGGCAGAGAAGAGAGGCAGGAAGAAAAGCCGCAACACAAGGAAAGAGAAGAGACCCGGGAGAAGAGCUGAAGAGAACCACACAAGAAGCACAUCUCUGAGAGAUGCCCCGCCAAGCAUCUAUUUAUCUAAUUUAAAAAGUAAAGCCAUAAACCAAGCAGACGGAUGUGGUUUCCUCUCUGCUCAGAUGACUCCGGAACAGCUUCAUCCUCGUUCUCUGCCUGGUGCCCAGUUCAGACUUGUUCACCCAGCGGUGGGUUGCAAGCCAAAGAACAAGCUUUUGUUUGGGUUUUGAGGUAUGGUCUCUUCUGGGCGCACGCCUUUAAUCCCAGCACUUGGGAGGCAGAGGCAGGCAGGGAUCUCUGUAAGUUUGAGGCCAACCUGGUCUACAGAGCAAGUUCUAGGACAGUCAAGGCUGUUACACAGAGAAACCCUGUCUCAACCAGGGGUGGGGAGAUCUCACCUAUGCUACUUCAUGGAUGCUGAGAUUACAGUCAUUUUCAACUACUCCCAGUUUACCAAAUACAGGACCUCAUAGAUGCUAGGCAAGCAUAGUUCACAAUCUGAAUUAUUUCGCCAGCCCCUCUUAGAACCAAAAUUCCCAGGAGAUUGGAAGACAAAGUGUUAAGGUAAGGUGAAUUCGCAUUUUGUUGUUCAAACUUACUAGGUUUGCUACUGUCUCAGUCUGGGAAACACUGGCACACUUCCUUUUUGGGUGACAGUCCCCGAAAUGUGGACACACCUGCUUGGCAUACCUUUUGAGUGCUCCUUAAAUUAGCCAUCCCAUAUAAAAUCUCAACACUC